AAUCAGCGGAAGUGACGUCAAAAGGUCAAUUUUUCAGAAAAUAAAAUAUUCACAUUUUCUUCCUAAAUCACACAAUUGUGCGAAUUUGCAAGCCAAUAUACUAAUUUAUGCCAUGCAUAGAGAACAAUGAAUACUUGGAGAAGACUACCAUGUAAAAUUUCAGAAGUAAAUCUUGAUAUAUUGCUUGCCUGUGGCCAAUCAUUCAGAUGGCAUGAGACACAUCCAGGAGAAUGGACUGGGGCGUUAUCUGGUUAUGUAUGGACACUUUCCCAGACUGAUGAUUCCAUUUUAUAUAAAGUUUAUGAACAAUCCGAUAAAAGGAAAACUGCAUCAUAUACUUCUGUUAAGAAACCAGGGAAACAAAAUCAUCGUAAAAGAUCUAAGGAUAUUAAAGAGGAACAAAAUGAUCACCCUGAUGCCAAGCAACCAAAGUUGUUGACUAGUAUCAAACAGGAGGUUGAAAUAGGAGGUGGAGAUUCAGUUAAAAAUGAGAUAAAAACUGAACCUACAUGUAAUGAUUUAGGUAACUUUUACAACAGUAUUUUACAUGACUACUUUCAACUUGAUGUUGAUCUACAGCAACUAUAUACUCAAUGGAGCAAAGCUGAUAAAAACUUCAAGAAAGUUUCAGUUGAUUUCUCAGGUAUACGGAUGUUAAGACAAAAUCCAGUUGAAAAUCUCUUUUCUUUUAUCUGCUCCUCGAAUAACCAUAUAUCAAGGAUAAGCGGUAUGGUGGAGAGAUUGUGUGAAACAUAUGGGAAACCAAUUACAGAGGUCGAUGGGGUGAUGUAUUAUGCAUUUCCUGAUGUAAAAUCCUUAGCAGGGAAUAAUGUGGAACAGAAGUUAAGAGAACUAGGAUUUGGAUACAGGGCUAAGUAUAUAAGUGAGACUGCCAAGUAUAUAGUGAAAAACCACAGUGAGGAGUGGCUUUAUUCUCUCAGGGAUGUACCAUAUGAUGAGUCAAAGGCACAGCUAGUUAAACUACAUGGUGUUGGAGCAAAGGUGGCUGACUGUGUAUGUCUGAUGUCCCUAGACAAAAUAGGGGCCAUCCCAGUAGACACCCAUGUAUGGCAGAUUGCUAGCAGAGACUACAUGAAGGGCCUCAAACAGGGAAAGACUCUCACUGAUAAAGUUUAUAAGGAGAUUGGUGACCACUUUAGGGAACUCUGGGGCCCUUAUGCAGGCUGGGCACACUCUGUUUUGUUCAGUGCUGACUUGAAGAAGUUUCAAGACAAGAAAUCACCAAAAAAGACUGGAAAAUAAAAAUGGAAAAUGGAAAUUAUGUUAUGCAAUUUGGGCACAAUCCAGUGAUGAAUUCACUGCUGAGUGACAGAAUAUCCAGAUACAUUUUGUCGUCCUUUGUAUGACACAGCUCAGAUGUCUGAGUCCAUGACAACGAACCUGGAGAUUUUUAAAUAGAUGUCACACUACAACAGCAGCAACUUUAUUUUCAUGUUUAAGGGAGUUCACAUUUCCAAAUGAUAAUUUUUACAAUUUUAAAUAAUUCCUUGUCUAAAAUACCUACAUUUAAAAUGUCUUUUGAUUGUACAGUACAUAGUCUGAGUUACAAUAAUGUCAUGGAGGCAUCCACAAUCAGAUACCCUAUUCUCUUUAAUGAGCGCAUAGUUCCAGAGAGCACAUAUGCUGAAUAUGUUCUCGAGAAAACACAAAGUUUCAUGCAUUUGUUUUGAUUAUUUACACCACAAAAAUAUAUUGAUUGAUGAUUAUAUUUAAUGCUGAGAAAGAAAUACAGGAGCUGUAGAGUAUGUGAACAUUAGUGAUAACAACUAUUAAAGAUUCACAGCGAUAAUUUUUGGUAAUUUUUGGGUAUGUGCUCUUAUUGGAAUCUCUCAAUGUCUUACUC